CAGUUUAUGAAACCUGAAUCACAUGUUUAUGUGCUCGUAUCUUUUGUUUCCAUUAUUAAUACAUACAAUAUAGUAACCCAUUGAUAAAACCAGAUGUGCCGUGUCUAUGUUAGUGAAAUAUUAGCUUAAUCAAAUAUUUAUAUGGAGUACUUAACUAUUAAGAUUAAAAUUAAUUAAAAUCAGUCGGCACUCUCGUUUUAUAAGAAAAAUCACUUGAACUUCACCCGAUAACUCUUGAUCGUCACAAAUUACUUGAUUCAAUUUUAAAUUCAAUUGAAAUUAUCGAAAACUACGAUAUAUUUGUAUUAAAUUAGAUUUAAAAUCCAAAGUCAGCGGUAAAAUUCCAUUCAGAAUUAUAUAUUGAUGAAUUCAAACAUUUUUUACAUUUAUAUAAAUUUAUCAACAUUUUAAUAAAGGGUAGGAAAAUUUCAAUAUUACUUGUUAGUAGUAUGCGGUGGAAUGUUUAUGACAACCGCUUUAAGUCUAACAUCCGUAUCUUUUGUUAUUCCAUCAGCUCAAUGUGAUUUAAAUUUGACAUCGUCUCGAAAGGGAGUUUUGAGUGGAAUGUCAAUGUUUGGUAUGUUAUUUGGUUCGUACCUCUGGGGAAACUGGGCUGACGUUAAAGGUCGAAAGACUGUGUUAUUUAUGUCCUUAUUAAUUGAUGCAACUUUUAGUAUAUUGUCAAGUAUAUCACCAACCUACGAACUGUUUUUACUAUGUCGAUUUAUGUGUGGUUUUGGCACAUCCGGAACUGCAGUUGUUUUUAGUUAUUUGGGUGAGUUCUUACCAUCUAAUCACCGAGAAAAACUGUUGAGUACUACGGAAUUAUUUUGGACAAUUGGAAUCAUAAUUGUUCCUUGUAUUGCAUGGCUGGUGAUACCAAUGACGUUUAGUAUAAAAAAUGAUUAUAUUUAUUUUUCAUCUUGGAAUCUAUUCAUUAUAAUAUGCUCGUGUCCCAAUAUAAUAUUGUCUUACGUGCUGUACAAACUUCCAGAGUCACCAAAAUUUUUACUUUCUAAGGGUAAAGUAGACGAAAUUGUUCAGUGUUUGGAAACUAUAUGCAAAUGGAAUAAAAUAAAAAAGUCUCAUGAUUUCAAUCUUAUUUCAUUGAUACCAAAAGAAACCGAAAACGUUGACACAAAUAUAGGCUUUUUUCAAAAUUUUUUUGUUGGCAUACGAAAUUUAAUGUUUUCCAAAUACUGUGUGAUUGCUAUACAAUCUUUCAUCCUACAGUUUGGUUCUACUACCAGCUUUUACACGAUUAUAAUGUGGGCUCCAGAGCUCAUGAAUAGGUUCAAAUAUUAUGAAAAUCUAAACUCGCCCUCUUCUAACAUCAGUAUGUGUGAAAUAAUGUCUUUAUUUAAAAAUUUAACAACUUCUACUGAAAAUGUGUGCAUUGAUACAAUCGACAAUAUGGUUUACUUGAACAUUUUUCUUAUCGGUGUUGUAAGCCUUCCACCUUGUAUCGUAAUACCAUUUAUGGUCAAACGAUGGGGUUUGCGGAAAGUAGCAGUUAUGUGUUUUUUAACAUCCGGAAUUGCAGCAGGUUGCCUUUAUUUUGUGAAGAACUCCUUCCAAAAUUUUAUGAUGUCGGCUAUUUUCGAAGCUCUGUCUAGUAUUGGAAUAACUUUAGUGUAUUGUAUUUGCAUUCAUCUUUUUCCUACUGAAUUAAGAGGAGUAGCUGUAUCUAUUGGUAGCAUGUUUGGUAAAUUUGGAGGUCUUAUGGGCAAUAUAAUGCUUGGUAUGUUCAUUGAUGUAUAUUGUGCUGUACCCAUAAUAAUAUCAUGUUUGUUACUCAUUCUUACAGCUUUAACAUUGCUCUUCCUACCAAACACAAAGAAAACAAUAUUAAAUUAAAUGAAAAUUAAAACUAAUGGAAAUUUUUCUCGAAUAGAAUACUUAUAAAUAACUUACAAUAAAAAAAAAGUGUUUCAGUACUUAAUUUAUGAUAAAAUUUAAAAAUUAAAUGUUUAUUAAU